AUGAGCCACGGCAAAGGCGCCGAUGUGCCAGAAGCCCUGCCCUCGCCGGCGCUGCAGGUGAUUGUCUUGGGGGCUGGCGGCGGCCCGCAGGAAUCGAACACGACCGCAUUCCUGGUGCGAUCGACCGCAGAAGGAUGGCGGCGUGGAUCGAUUGUAGCCCUGGACGCUGGCGUGUUGCUGAGCUCUGUUACCCGGAUCCUCGAGCAGACCUCGCCAGCAGACCUGGGCAGCUCAUCAUCGUCGCUGUCUCUGCCGCAUACACUGACCAGCGGUCCCUUUGCCGGUCUGCAGGUGCCCAACGCCACGGCGGCGGCGAAUGCGGCGCACAUUCAGAGCACGCUGAUCAACACGUAUCUGAUCACGCACCCGCAUCUUGACCAUAUUGCCGGCUUCGUGAUCAACACGGCUGGGCUGCCGGGCUCGCGGCCGAAGCGGCUGGCCGGACUACCGUCGACCAUCUCGGCCUUCAAGCAGCACAUCUUCAACAACGUGAUCUGGCCGAAUCUGUCGGACGAGAACAACGGCGCCGGCCUGAUCACGUACAUGCGCCUCGUCGACGGCGGCUCGCCAGCGCUCGGCGUGGGCGAUGGUCGCGGCUACGUCGAGAUCAGCGACGGCCUGGCCGUCAAGGUCUGGAGCGUCAGCCACGGUCACUGCAUCGAGCGCCACAGCCAUCGCGGCAGCGGUGUCGGCACGCGCUUUGGGAGCGUCGAUGCCGGCGGCAGUGGCGGUGGUGGUGGUCUGUCUUCCGGCCUCACGAGUCCGCGCCUGAUGGCUCGCCAGACCUCGUUCGGGACAGGCCUCUAUUCGUCACCGCUUGCACACCAGCUCCAACACCAGCACCAGCACCAGCUGGCACCGUCCCUGCCGCGACGCGACAGCCACGCUGUGCUGUCGGGCAUCGGUGGUGGUGGUGCGGCAGCUGCUCGGCGGGCCAGCCAGUCGAUCGGCCUUGCCGCACAGCUGACGGGCGAGACUGUGUGCGUUUACGACUCGAGCGCGUAUUUUAUCCGCGACGUGGCGACGGGCCGCGAAGUGCUCAUGUUUGGCGACGUGGAGCCGGACUCGGUCUCGCUGUCGCCGCGCAACAUCCACGUGUGGCAGGAGGCAGCGCCGAAGAUUGCGGCCGGCCACCUGGCUGCCAUCUUUAUGGAGUGCAGCUACGAAGACACACAUCCGGUUGAUCGACUCUACGGCCACCUCACGCCACAUUACGUGGUGGAGGAGCUGGCCAGCCUGGCUGCGGAGGUGGAGGAAGCCCGGGUGAUGCUCAAGAAGCAGGCCGAGGAGCAGCAGCAGCAGCAGCGGGACCGGGAAGGCCGGAAACGGAAACGGCGUGCCGCAGACGAUGACCGUCUGGUCGUCGACGUGGCGACUGGCUUGCGGACAGGCAGCCACAGCCGACGGAAGACAGAAUCGGUCACGUUUGCGUCUGUGCCACGUGCACCAGACGACCCUGUGUCUCCGAGGACGGUGCAUCCUUCCUAUGCCGGCACGGGCGUUGCGGACGACUCAAUGGUUUCGGCAGUUUCGACGCCGGCGACUGCAGGAACGACGGUCACUCCACAUAUCUCGACACCGACGGCCGAUCUGUCGCUGAGCGACGCAGACCCGCUCGACAGCCUGGAGACGGGGGCGGCAAACGUGGGCAGGACACGAGAGCAGCACUGCCGACAACCGCCGCUCAAGGGUCUCAAGGUAGUCAUCAUACACGUCAAAGAGACGCUCAAGGACGGACCGACGGCCGGGGAGGUGAUCCUGGAGCAGCUGCUCGACUACGAGGAGCAAAGCCAGCUCGGCUGCGAGUACAUUAUAUCGUAUGCCGGCCAAAGCCUGUAUUUUUAA